GCUGAAUUUCUGUCUCUGCAUCAACAUCAGUGUCUGGGUAUUUUUUUUUUCAUCUACUGUUGACAUGCUUUGGAAAUUUGAGUCUUUAAAUUCUGAGUUUUGCACAAAGCCAGAUGGUAAUGCAAGUUAUGAUUAUGAGAAACAUAAACGGUGACAUGAUCAUUUCUCACUGGUUUUUGUGCCUAGUUUGCAUUCAUUUGCUAUUUUAUUUGUUCUGUACAGCCAAACGGUCUAACCUAGCAGUCCUGCAGUAAAUCCUCCUCUUCAUAGUACCCGCUGUGACUCCUACCAACUGCGUGCGGAGCUGUAGGGGUUUGGUUACUUGCGGAUUGAGUGGGGGCCCUUGUAGUCUGGUCCACGGCUGCCCUGACUGGUGUUAGGGACAUGGAACACCACCCCUCUUGUGAAGAAAGAAGCUAGAGCUUGUGUCUGAGGUCUGUCGCAUCCAACUGCAGAUUGAGGGUUGUCUGGCAGAGUCUCCAGUCGGGGAAAACUUAUUCUUAGGCCAUGUUCUGCUGUUGUAGCCCCCUAAACCCUGAGUUGAAAGGUGUCGUCAUCCAAUCGAGCUUGGUUAUUUUGUGUCUUUGGUCUCUGGAGAAUGUCACAGGUAACAGAGGACCAGAUGACUUUGGAUUUAACUCAAGUAUGCAUUAUACCGACAGGUUUUUCUAUUAUUUAGACCACCACAUUUAUAUCAGUACCUGCAGGUCAAACACCUGUGUAAAGCAAUAACAUAGAUUUCCCUGAAAGUAAACUUUAUCUUCAUUCUUUCACUUUUAAGGUGGUUUUUUUUUUUUUUUUUUAAGAUUAUUAUACAUCAUCAAGUGUCAUAAUGGAGAUGUUGGAUUUACUUAGUAAAGAGGCGGAGCUUUUCAAUGUAUGAGUUGUAAAUUAUAAAGAUAUAUACCCAUUAUAUUACGUUCUCCAGGACAUAAUGGAGGGGAAUGAUUGGUGUUUCUGUUGUUUGAUUUACCCUGAUUGUUUUGAUGAGGCAACAUUGAGUGCUUGGAACAGCUGUCUGAACGACCUUCACGAGGGAGGAUUUUUUGCAGGACUGCUCAAGUAGACCAUUUCAGUUUUAGCUAAUGAUACUAAACUGGCAACUGACUGUACACCAGUAUCAGCCUGCUUUUAAAAUUUGCAGUUGAGUCAGUGAGAUUGCUUCACUCACUUAUUUAUUUAUUUUGCAUUUUUUUGAUUAUAGUAGAUUUAUUCAAAAAGAGAUUCAUUCACUUGGUUUUCCAAGUAAACUUUUUAAUGUUAUUAUCAGACUUUUUUGUCCAUUUCCUCAAAAAUCACAAAAAAUACAAACAUUAGGAAAGUGCGCUGACCUUUUAAUCAAGAUAACUCAUUGCCUUCUGUUUGUUGCUCAGUCAUGCUUAAGCGCCUAGUCAGCCAGGAAAAACCCUGUCUGUAUUGCAACAUGGAAAUAUUACAGGAUUGUCUGCUUCCCGUACAAAGACAAUCUAGUACUGCAAACAUAUAAAACUUCUGACUUUAGAAUGCAUUUUAUCAUACCACCAUAUUUUUUUUUUAAAUUCCAUUAUUAUGAGCUUUAUGACAAAUGUGGUUGGGUGAGGGUUAUAUUGUUCCCAUGAAAAGACCAAAAGUACUGACUGAGCUGUCAGCAUUAGUUCUUCCUAAUGAAAACCUGAAUAGAAAUAAAAACGGCCUGUGUUUUUAUCGAUUUCCUAAAAGCUACAGCCAGUGUGGUUUUAAGCAGACAUUAUUUAAACUGUAGAAGUUGUUCGUUUGUUGUGGACUGUUUUCAUUGGUGGAUUAAUCCUAUCUUAAUCCAAUAAACCCCAAUCUGUGUGUUCAUGCUAAUGCUGUUGUGCAGUUUGAGACUGCAUACCUCCACUGGGGGUGAAAAUUCUCUCUGCAGCAUGCAUGGAUUGAAUCCCUGGAUCCAGAAGUAUAUCGAAGACAGAUUUGUUUACCCCUGUCUUCAUGUUCCAGUUGGUAACAACAUCCAUGUGACUAGAAGCAUGUGACCUCAGGUGGUGCUAUUUGCAUUGUUGUCUGAUGAAGAUGAAUGCAAUAAAUCUGUAAAACUGGGGCCCUGCAAUUCAUGAAGUUUGAAUUUUUUUUUAUUUUGUUGAGAACCUCAAGAUGGUGACAUUAGACAUUAAACAUUAGACUUUUUCCAAAUUAUCCUUAAUAUUUAUUUUCCUUUUUUCCCGUCUACCUAAAGAAGCCUUGUUCUGCCGGAGAGUUCUUCCUUUUAAAAGGGAGUUUUUCCUUCUCACUGUCACCAAGUGCUUGCUCAUAGGGGGUCGUCUGAAGACUGUUGUUGUGAUUUAAAGCUACAUAAAGAAAAUGGAAUGGAAUAGGUUUUCUUAUAAUAUUGAGAUGUGCAUUUUGGCAAUCGUAAAGAACCCUUUCAAAAGUUUCUGGAUGUGGAUUGAAUCCACAGCGCAGUGGUUCGAACCUCACUGCAAGAACGUCCCUGACUUGGAUAAGUGGAAGAUAAUGGAUGAAUGGACUGACUCCAGAAAGUAAUAAUUUCUAAGUUGGCUCAAUCUCUGGUAAAGAAUGUCAUGCCAGUCUGCCUAUGACUGUUUUAGUUAUCCUGCUGAGAAACCGAAAUGCUACACCGCUCACACACUCAUCUCUUUGGUCUUUUCAUGGGCUAGCUGAGUUUAGAAAAAUUGGCGAAAUUACCAACAAUAUGUUCGAAGGCUUGCAGAUGAGUAUUUUUGUAAAUACGCAGGUGAUGCAGAGGUUGCCAGUUCCGAUCCCAAUAAUCUAUAAAAAGCAUGUCAUCUAUAGAUUUCAGAAGGUUGGGAUGCAUUUAAUCAUCUACCCAGUCCUUGUGUCGCCUCAUUUCAUGGUAAACGUAAAGCCCUGAAGCUGAACUUUGCCAAUCCUCCCAUCAAACCCAUGACUAGAUUCACACUGAACACGGCCGGGCCGCCCUUCCAGAACCCUCACAUAGAGAGGCUGAGGACACACAGCAUCGAGUCCUCGGGAAAAUUGAAGAUCUCCCCAGAGCAGCACUGGGACUUCACAGCCGAAGAUCUCAAAGAUCUGGGCGAGAUCGGCCGAGGAGCUUACGGCUCCGUCAACAAGAUGGUGCACAAGCCGAGUAACCAGAUCAUGGCGGUCAAGAGGAUUCGAUCGACAGUCGACGAGAGAGAACAGAAGCAGCUGCUGAUGGACUUGGACGUGGUUAUGAGAAGUAGUGAUUGUCCUUACAUCGUGCAGUUUUACGGUGCUCUGUUCAGAGAGGGGGACUGCUGGAUUUGUAUGGAACUUAUGGCUACCUCGUUAGACAAAUUUUACAAGUUUGUAUAUGGCUCGUUAGAUGAUGUGAUUCCAGAAGAAAUAUUAGGAAAAAUAACUUUAGCUACUGUGAAGGCGCUUAACCACUUAAAAGAAAACUUGAAAAUUAUACACAGAGACAUUAAGCCAUCAAACAUCCUCCUGGACAGGAACGGCAACAUAAAGCUGUGUGACUUCGGCAUCAGCGGUCAGCUGGUGGACUCCAUCGCCAAAACCAGAGAUGCCGGUUGCAGACCGUACAUGGCGCCCGAGAGAAUAGACCCCAGCGCAUCCCGGCAAGGUUAUGAUGUCCGCUCAGAUGUCUGGAGUUUGGGAAUCACACUGUAUGAGCUGGCCACGGGACGGUUUCCCUACCCAAAGUGGAACAGUGUGUUUGAUCAGCUGACCCAGGUGGUGAGAGGAGACCCGCCGCAACUCAGCAACUCGGAGGAGAGGCGCUUCUCCCCCAAAUUCAUCGCCUUUGUCAAUGUGUGCCUUACAAAGGAUGAAUCAAAAAGGCCAAAGUACAAAGAGCUGCUGAGAGAUCCGUUCAUUCAGAUGUACGAGGAGCGCUCAGUCGACGUAGCCGGUUACGUCUGCAGGAUCCUGGAUCAGAUGCCGGCCUCUCCCAGCUCCCCCAUGUAUAUGGACUGAUAGCAAGAUGAAACAGGAACUCAUCCAUAAAUAUAAACCACUCUGCAACGACAGCAUCAAAAAGAGAUAACUAAGUAAUUUAAAAAAAAAAAAAAAAAAAAAAAGUCCUUGUGUAAAUUUGCUCGGUCCCGUUAUUGCAGUGUUAAAAAGAGAAUUGUAAAGCCUAAAAAAAAAAGAAAAAAAAAGCACCACGUGCAGUAAAAGUGGUGUCCUUUCAGUCAUUUCUGUAUAUUAACACACUUCUGUUUCUUUCUUGUUCACAAACGCACAGACGCACAGUCACCUAAAUAUUAAUAGCAGCUGAAUCAAUCAAUCAUGACUCAUCCUGAUCAGGAUACAUCUCAGUGAUUUAGUAACAGUGAUUUAAAGACAGGAAAAAAAACCCUGGAACUUGUAUUUAUAGAACCAAAAAUCAUGGAGACACUUCGACAUACUGGAAUUAUGCUCUUUGUGAAAUGUUCCCACCUCUUCAUGUAACGAAAGCAUCGUGUUUGGUAUCUUAAUGGAACUGUGCUUCUCUGGGUAUAAAGCAGUUUAAAAGUGUUGGUAGUCAGAGUCAUGUUGGACCCGCAGUCCACUCAGUGCUCGCUGUGCAGUGGACUCUAAGCUGAUUUAUGAAUAAAGAGAGAGAAGGUUAAA